CUAAGCCGGCAAUAACGGCUUGAGAGUUGAGACGAGCUGACCCGCGAGAGACAGGCAGGAGAAAGUUCGGAAGUGGCCGCAGCCGCGAGUCCGUCGUGGACGCGCGCGCGGCCCUCGCUCGAUUCGCUGUACAAAUUGCGAUCGGGGCGAGAGAACUCUCGCCGGGCUGAUCAGUGAUCACGAUCCGAGUUCCCCCCGAUAAAACGUGCGGCGCCUUAACCCCCUGCCCAAGCAAGCUAGGGUUUAGCGGUUCGCAAUGGCGAUGGCGCAGGCCGGCCUGAGAGCCGCCCUCUUCAUCGGCGCCGGGGUGGUCGGCGCCGGCACCACCAAAGUCGCCGUAAUCCUCGCCGAGCUUCAGGGGUCUGCGCGCGAGAAGGGGGCGGACGCGGCGGGAUCGGGGGAAGCCGUUGCCGACGCCACUGCUGAGGCUUUGCAGUCCCAAAUUGCUAUGCUGGCUAGCGAUGUUCGUCAACUAGCGUCAAAUAAUAACGCUGUUAUUCAGAUGGAUAUGGGCAACGGCGGAGUCGGAUCAGCUUUGAUAUUACCUGUUGUGGCUGUUGGUGCAGUCAGCUACUGUUACAUGUGGUGGAAUGGUAUCACCUUCUCUGGCCUUAUGUAUGUCACCAAGCGCAAUAUGGCUAAUGCUGUUGCAAGUAUGACUAAGCAUCUGGAUCAAGUGCAGGGCUCUCUUGCUGCCGCUAAAAAGCACUUGUCCCAGCGCAUUCAGCAUGUGGAUGAUAAAUUGGAGCAGCAGAAGGAGAUUUCUGGCCAGAUAAAAGAUCAGGUUACUGGUGCAAAGUUGAAAAUCAAGAGCAUUGGAUCAGACAUGGAUAAAAUAAAAAAUAUGGUCGUCGGUCUGGAUGAAAAGAUGGAUUCAAUUGAAGCAAAACAGAACUAUUCAUGUGCGGCCGUGGAUUAUCUCUGCAAAUUCAUAGAACAAAGGGGUGAGAAGCUGCCAGAACGCUUGGAAGGAUUGCAACGAACAGUAAGGCGAAUAGGAUACAACAGCUCAGAGUUGCCGGGUCUGGGGUUCGGGCAACUGCUGGCGAUAGAAUCAGCGAGCCCUGGAUCAGAAAGAAUGCUUCGGUCAACGGGCAUCAGCUCGGCACGUCUGAUCCUGCCUUAGAUUGAGAGUACGAUCAAGGCAACGGAUGCGCUUAACCACUCCUUGCCCAAAUUUUGUACAGCUCUGAGUAAGGUAAAAUGGUAGAUUAGAUGAUUUAGGAAGUGAGAUGGCAUGUCCCGUCCUGGUGGUUUAUUUUGCCGCUUAGUGUGCCAGUUUUUCUAUUGCCAUCACGCGAUUGAUCUUCAAGUUUUCUAACCCUCAAAGCAUGCGACAUAUACAUAUUUCAAAAUUCAAACACUUUUGUACGUACGCUAGUAGUAUAUGAUGUGUCGUUUUAUUCACACACUUUUGU